AUGGCUGAAGUGAAUUACCAACUUUUCCUCUGUUUCAGAGGAAAAGAUGUGCGAUGUAGCUUUCUAAGCUUCCUCGUAGCCGCGCUAAAAAGGAUAUCCGUAAAUUACUAUGUGGAUUACGAAGAGAUGAGAGGAGAAGUUACUAGCGUUUUCUUACAAAGGAUCCAAGAAUCGAGGGUCGUGCUUGUGAUAUUCUCCGAGAAUUUCAUGGACUCGAAAUGGUGCACCGAGGAGGUGCUAAAGGCUAUAGCUACGCGAGGACCAGGCAAAACAAUCAUCCCUAUCUUCUACAAAGUAAGCGUUGAACAAGUAGAGAAGAACUGGAGUGUGGUCCAAGAAGGAGAGAGCGAUAAAUGGAGUACUCUUACGAAUGUUACCGAGUAUCUCGGCUUGGUUUAUGUUCCAGAUACUAAAGAGUCGGAUUUCGUUGAUGAGAUCGUUAAGGAAGUGAAGAAAACGUUGACCAUACUGGAAACCAAGGAGAGGGAGAAGAAAGGAGAAGGAAAGAAGCAUGAGAUUACUACUAGUACUUUGCCUUUCUUUGGGAUCAAGCAACGUGUGCAGCAAUUACAGGACAAGUUAAAAAUGGAUCGGUACGAGGAGACUCGCGUGGUUGGAGUUGUUGGGAUGAAGGGUAUCGGGAAAACCAAACUCGCAGAGAUGUUAUUCGCGGAGUUUAAAGGUGAGUUCGAGAGACCCAUUUUCUUCAAAAACGAAAUCCGUAAGAGAAUGGAGAAUGACAAGAAGCUCGACUUGCUAUUAAAGCUCUUCUUGCAAACUAUCUUGAAGAAGACGGCGAAUUUGACGAUAACUGGUAAGACUACACACGAAGAUGUGAAGGAACACUUACUUGAAACCAAAUGUUUUCUUAUCUUGGACGACUUUAGUGGCAAGGAAGAGAUAGUGCAUCUUUUAGGAGACAGCGGAUGGAUCACACCAGGGAGCAAGAUUGUUAUCGUGACAAGCGACAAGUCACUAGUCGAGGGACUCGUGGAUGAUACUUAUGUGGUCCCAGGUUUGAACGAGAAGGAAGGGUUAGAGUGCUUGAGUCAUCACGCUUUUGGAGACGCCACACGUUGUGCCUCAGAGGAAGGAAACUUGCUGACAUUAUCAAGAAAGUUUGUAGAUUACGCUAGAGGAAACCCGUCAGCUCUCACUUUACUCGGGAAGGAGCUUCGGGGAAGAGACGAGGGUGAAUGGGAAUCCAUAAUCUUCACAAUCGAAAAGAGUCCCAACAAGAACAUUCAAGAUCUCUUGAACUCGAGUUAUGAUGGUCUUACUGAGCUGCAACAAGAGGCAUUUCUUGAUAUCACAUGUUUCUUCAGAUCACUGGAUCACGAGUUUGUGAAAUCAAUGGUGGACUCACCAUGUGCCGCUGAUGAUAGGAGCAUCAUCAAAGAUCUUUCUGACAAGUUCUUGAUUGAAAUAUCAGGCGGCCGAGUAGAAAUGAAUGGUUUGUUGUAUAGGCUAGGGAAGAACCUGGCUUCACAAGACCAUUACUUGAGGCUUUGGAACCAACAAGAUAUUAUCAAAGCAUUGAAAAAGAAAAUGGUUUUCCCUGGACGUGUCAGAGGUAUUUUCUUGGACAUAUCUCAAGUAGAAGAGAAGAGACCUUUACGGAAAGAAGCGUUUGUCGGUAUGAACAAACUACGAUACCUGAAAAUCUAUAAUUCUUGUACCUGUUUCCUUGAAUCGGACAGCAAAUUAACCAUCCGAAACGGACUUGAGUUUACGUUAGAAGAGGUUCGAUAUCUUCAUUGGCUAAAAUUCCCUUUGGAAGAACUUCCAAAAGACUUCAACCCAAACAAUCUUAUUGACCUAAAGCUCCCUUACAGCCAUAUUAAACGGCUUUGGAACCGCGAUAAGGAUGUUACUCGUUUAAAGUGGGUUGAUCUCAAUAACUCAAUCAAUCUUGAAGACUUGUCCGGUUUAUUAGGAGCUGGAAAUCUUCAAAGACUGAACCUUGAAGGCUGCACACAGUUGACCAUAUUACUAAAGGAGAUUAUGCAAACUAUGACAAGCCUUGUUUUCUUGAACCUAAGAAGCUGCAAGAGUCUAGUAUCUCUCCCAAAGAUCAAUAUCAAGUCUCUCAAAACACUUAUCCUCAGCUACUGCUCCAAUCUUGAGGAGUUUCAGAUGAUUUCAGAAAAUCUAGAAGCUUUAUAUCUUGAUGGUACGGCGAUAAAGGGGCUCCCUGAAACAACCAUAAGGCUCCAGAAACUAGUUAUAUUGAGCUUGAAGGACUGUGGAAAGCUAGGAAGUGUUCCUGAUUCUCUAGGAAAGCUAAAAGCUCUUCAAGAAGUAAUACUCUCUGGUUGUUCAAGGCUCCAGAGUUUUCCGGAUUUCACGAAAAGGUUACGGAUUCUGUUGCUUGAUGGGACUGCUAUAAAACAUGUUCCUAAAGUACUAUUCCCUUCUGGUAUGAAUGGCUUGUCCUUAUUAAGACACCUCUGCUUAAGUGGAAAUGGUGUGAUCCAAACCAUGCAAGCUCACAUUGGUCAACUUUAUCAUCUGAAAUUUCUUGACUUGAAGUAUUGCAAGAAACUCACAUCUAUUCCGACACUUCCACCAAACCUUCAAUGCUUAGAUGCACAUGGCUAUAUCUCGCUGACGACAGUCGCUAACCCACUGGCCUUUCUUAAUCUGACCGAUCAGAUCCAUUCAACAUUCAUUUUGUCUCACUGCAAUAAUCUAUAUGAAGCUGCAAAGAGUUGUAUCAUAUCCUACAUUCAGAAAAAGAGCCAGUUGAUGUCUUGUGCACUUAACCGCUAUAGUUUGGGUUCGGUUAUGGAAUAUUGUACUGGAGCUUGCUUUCCUGGAUGUGAAGUUCCUGAAUGGUUCAGUUACCAAGAACAUGGACCAAAGAUAGAGACAGAGUUAGCCAGACAUCGAAGUGAAACCAACAUUAUUGGAGUAGCUCUGUGUGCAGCUGUCUCCUUUCAAGACUACCGAGAUCAAAAGAGCGGUUUCUUAGUGAAAUGCACCUGUGAAUUCAAGAAUGCGGAUGGUUAUUUUAGGCGUUUUAGUUGCGUGGUAGGAAGUACUGGAGGACCAGGGAUUGAGCCGCGGAAGAUUGAAUCAGAUCAUGUCUUUGUUUCCUACACAAGCUUGUUGCAGAUCAAGAAACAGAGCGAAGCAGAGGAUAAGGUGUGUAGUUAUACUACGGCUUCUUUUGCAUUUGAGGUGAUUGAUGGUGCAGGGGAGUUGGUGAAAUACGAUGUGCUCAAGUGCGGUUUCAGUAUGGUGUAUGAACCGGAGGGAAAUGAUCAUGAUCAUGUUUCUUGGGAAGUAGACUCUGAUGGAUCUUCAAUGGUAGAUGACAGUAUCCAUGAUGAUGAAUCCGUGUCAUCCGAAGCUCUAGAAGCGGACGAAAUUUCGAUAGAUGGACAAUGUUCCGAUGUUGAUGAUGAUGAGGGUCAACAAGAAGAAGAAAACUCUGAUAUACCUUUUGAAGACAAUGACAAUGCCAAUCUUGAAACAGAUUCAGAUCAAAAUAUGAAUAAUGAAGGAACUCCAAGCAUCUCUUUCGUAGAAGAUUCGAUAGAGAUUCAGCCUGAAUGUUGCUUAGGUAUGAUUGAAAAUGUCGAUGGUGAGGGUGCGUGCGCUUGA